CAAAUUUCUUCGACCCAAAGGGCAUUUAACGUGUUUGCAUAUAAACCGCUAAACGUAUCGCACUCGCCAUGUCGUGGUUGUUCGGGUAUAAAAGACAAUCUCCACCGCAAGGGUCCGCGGACGGUGGUCCCGAACCACCGGGACCGCCACCGUCAGCCGGUGCCGGCCAGUCGGCGGGUGAUGUGAAUUUAACAAAAGCCGAACGGAAAGCCAUGGAAGCGUAUCGUUUCGACUCGUCCGCCCUGGAGCGUGCGGCCGAAGCAGCCCGCACCCUGGAACGUUCAAAACACGCCCGCGAGGCCCUUGAAUUAUCGAAGAUGCAAGAGAGCACUCGCCAACAGGAAUACAUGGCAAAGGUGAAAGAAUACGAGGCGCAUAUAGAGACCUCGAAGGUGGAACAGAAGCGUGUGGAUCAUGAGGAGCGUAGGAAAACGUUGGCCGAGGAAACGAAGCAGCAACAGCAGCGAGCCCAGUACCAAGAUCAAUUGGCGAGGAAACGUUACGAAGAGCAGCUGGCGCAGCAGCAGCGCGUCCAAGAGGAUAAUCUCCGCAAACAGGAAGAGAGCGUCGCUAAGCAGGAAGCAAUGCGCCGCAAGACGAUCGAACACGAGAUGGAGCUACGAGAGAAGAACAAAAUGAAAUUGCUUGAAGCCGAACUGCGGGCCAAGGCCAAGGUGGAUCGUGAAAACCGAGAUCUAACUUUGGAGCAAAUUCGUUUAAAGGCAGAAGAGAACCGUAUCACCGUCAUGGAAGGUAUAAAAACGGCAGGAUCCGUGCUCGGACAGGGGGCGACGGCCUUGCUGACCGAUUGGAACAAGGUCGUUACCACAGUAGGGGGUUUAUCGUUGCUGGCACUAGGUGUUUAUACGGCGAAGGGAACUACCGGCGUUACGGCUCGCUACAUUGAGGCACGGAUAGGGAAACCGUCGCUGGUGAAUGAAACGUCUCGCUUUUCGUUACUGGAAGCUUUUAAACAUCCCAUUGACACCUUUAAACGGCUUAAAAACAGACCAACAGAUGCGCUGCAAGGUGUGGUACUUCAGCCGAAACUAGAGGAACGUUUGCGGGACAUUGCGAUCGCGACGAAGAACACGAAAAAUAACCGGGGUCUCUAUCGAAACAUUCUGAUGCACGGUCCUCCCGGCACCGGCAAGACAAUGUUCGCGAAGCGACUCGCAACACACUCCGGGAUGGAUUACGCCAUAAUGACCGGAGGUGAUGUGGGCCCGAUGGGCCGAGAUGCGGUUACUGCGAUCCACAAAGUGUUCGAUUGGGCAAACACGAGCCGCCGCGGCUUGUUACUGUUUAUUGACGAAGCCGAUGCUUUCCUGCGCAAGCGUUCGUCGGAACAAAUUUCUGAAGACAUGCGCUCGGCGCUAAACGCGUUUCUCUACCGGACGGGCGAGCAAAAUCCGCGCUUCAUGAUGGUGUUAGCGUCAAACACCCCAGAACAGUUCGAUUACGCCAUCAACGAUCGAUUGGACGAAAUGGUGGAGUUUACGCUGCCCGGCUCCGAAGAACGGGAACGUCUGAUACGACUAUAUUUUGACAAGUUCGUCCUGCAGCCAGCUGCGGAGGGUAAAAAGCGCUUCAAGGUGGAACAGUGGGACUAUAGCGCGGUCUGUAGUAAAAUGGCCAAGAUGUGCGAAGGUAUGUCCGGUCGAGAGAUUUCGAAGCUGGGUGUUUCAUGGCAGGCUGCUUGCUAUGCUUCGGAAGAAGGUGUUCUAACAGAACAGAUGGUGCUAGACCGAUGCGAAGCAGCAGCUCGGCAACACAGGCAAAAAAUGGCCUGGCUAUCGGAGCAUGAGAAACUGGACCACAAAUCCAUCACUGGUGGCAAAGGAUUCCUCACCGAAUAGUUAUUACAAUGUAGCAGUGUAACGCCUUUUUUUCUGUCCCAAUUUUACGGUCAAAGUUGUUAGUCAUGUUCCUUUCUACUUCUGCCUUUUUUGUUUGUUAAUAUCCCUUUCUCAGACCUUGUUAAGUGUUAACGUGAUCAUCGAUAACGAGCGUCAUCGGAAAGGGUGAACAAAUGAAUAGAAAAAAUCUUAGCCAAGCGAAACGACCGUGCCGGACACGCUCUACCUUCUCCACCAUCAGUGGAGGGUCGUACCACUUUAGAAAAUUUACAUUAAACUUUCUAGGUGCGACUUCAAUAUGGAAAUGGAUCGAAUAAGAAAAGCAUUUACAAUCAACAAGCGCCGUUUUGUGCAUUCGUUUUUAAUCAUAAUACGGCAAACGAUGAAGAAAGCUCAAAACUUCGAGACUCGAUGGCCCAACGGGCUUUUCGUCAACGUAACUCGAACAUUGAGGUGGUUAUGUUCUUCUUAUAAUCAUUUGUUUAAAAAAUGUAAUGCACUAAUAUUGUUAACGUGUACGCCGACACUGCAAGAGCAAACCAUCAGCUCAAACCAAAUCGAAAGAUCCACUGGCUUUGUUGUACAAAAUAUGUUUAUUUUAGUUCAUGACACUGCAUCGUAAAGCAUUAAUUUGUUGAUAAAAUGAAAGAACACAAAUUCAUUGCAUGAUGUUCUUUCUUUACGGCGAACACGCUACUUAGUCUUACCAAUGAGACGAAAAGAAUCGACUCUUGCCGCACGGACGCGCUUCCCGAAAACAAUUUGCCACGAGCCGUUUGUUAACAAAAGUUCUUUGUAACAGUACGUAAUGAUUGCUGAUUGUUUUCGUUCAUGUACCAUUGAGUUACUCCCGAUUGUUGAGAAAGAGAGUUGAAUGCAUGGCCUCAGCGUAACGUUUUUCUUCGAGUGGGUUUCUUGUGACGAGCAAGGAUGGUUUAAAAUAACGGCCUAUUGCGUAACAACUGUAACACUGCUAAUUUCGGGAUAUAUCUAAAAGCGAUACAAGUAUUGUCCCCAGUUUACCCCCCUAAAAUGUUUACCAUCCCGAAACAAUUGGGAUGCCGUCACAGUAGCAUCUCGUGUCGUUCGCAAAACGAUCCACAGCUUGCAAGUCAUUGAGAUGU